UUUCCGCCUGUCAGCUCGAAUACUUCCUGGAGAAGAAGGAAGACAACAAUACGCUGAACUUACAAGAAAAAUAAAAAAUAGCAAUUUUUACUUAAAGUCUCCACAUAAAAAGCCAAACGCAGUCACAAUGUUUUCCUUCCAUCCUGUCUUUGACCACCCCAUGGUCCGGGGAUUUUCGAACCGUUUCUCUACCCAGUACCGCUGCUACUCGGUGUCCAUGUUAGCUGGACCCAACGACCGCUCCGAUGUGGAGAAAGGAGGCAAAAUAAUUAUGCCACCUUCAGCGCUUGACCAGCUCAGUAGGCUUAACAUCACCUAUCCGAUGCUGUUCAAACUGACCAACAAGAACUCGGACAGAAUGACUCAUUGUGGUGUUCUGGAGUUUGUGGCAGAUGAAGGAAUCUGUUACCUGCCACACUGGAUGAUGCAGAAUCUUCUGCUGGAAGAAGGUGGUCUAGUUCAGGUGGAAAGUGUCAACCUCAUGGUGGCUACAUAUUCAAAGUUUCAGCCACAGAGUCCUGACUUCCUGGAUAUCACAAACCCCAAGGCCGUCCUGGAGAACGCUCUGAGGAACUUUGCCUGCCUGACAACUGGUGAUGUCAUAGCCAUAAACUACAAUGAAAAGAUCUAUGAGCUGCGGGUUAUGGAAACAAAACCAGACAAAGCUGUAUCCAUCAUCGAAUGCGACAUGAAUGUGGAUUUUGAUGCUCCUUUGGGUUACAAAGAACCUGAGCGACGGGCUCAGAACCACGAUGAACCAACAGAAGAGGAAGGAGACCCCAGCAGUUAUGCUGACAUGGAUACUGGAUUCAGAGCUUUUACUGGCUCUGGAAAUCGACUGGAUGGAAAAACGAAAGGGAUUGAACCCAGUCCUGCUCCUCUCACUGCAAGUGACAUCAAAAGAGGUAUUCCAAAUUAUGACUUCAAAGUUGGCCGGAUCACCUUCAUCAGAAACUCCAGGCCUCAGCCCAAGAAAAAUGUUGAAGAUGAUGAUGCUUUGAACAGAUUUAUUGCUUUCUCUGGACAAGGACAGUCACUGCGCAAGAAGGGCAGAAAACCUUGAAUUAUAUUAAAGAGUUUCUCUGGCUUUUGUGACAUCUUCAACAGCAUGGUUUAAUUUAACACACACGCACAUUUGGCUUUUCCCUUGUGUGCGUUUUACGUCUGAACUUUGCAGUUGAUUUUUUGAUUAUGUUUUGAACAUAAACUCUGGCGGUAACAUGCUGCAUUGGUUAAACACUGUCACUAAAAGUUUGUGUUCACAGGUCCAUGGAUUUGAGCCAGACUCUAUAGACAAUAUAUCUUACUUAAAGAAUAGGGCAAGGUUUAUUGUUGGAAUAGUAUGACUUAAUUUUGCUUUUACCACGUUUUUCCAGAUUUGUUAUUUAUUAACAAGUCCUCCUAAAAAACACUCUGUUUUCAGGAUCCUGUUCAUAGUUUAAACGAUGGGUACAGUCAUUUUAUUUUGUAUACGCAUAUGAACAAUUAUAUCUUGGAAUGUGUUUUUUUUUUCCUUUUUUUUUCUCCCCACAGUUAUAGCGUUGAUUUGCUGACAUUCUUUCCCUGGAUUAUUUAUAAAAAGACAAAUAAA